AUGUCGUCCAGGGCAAAUGAAGAGAGCUAUCUCUCACCAAAGCCAUGGAAAGCUGGAGAUCCCUGGGGAUCGGGCACGAAGCUACAAGGCGUUUAUCCGCCGUCCCCCGAAGUACAAGGACGCGAGGCCGAUCGCUCUGAGCCUCAAUCCCUCUCGGCUGCUGUCAAGGCUCGAAAGGAUGAAUACAUCCGGAAGAAGUCGAUGAAAAUCAAAGUCGGCACUUGGAAUGUUGCUGCAAUCAGUGGCACCGAGAAGGAUUUAGGUGCCUGGUUUGUUGGUGGCUACGGUGCCAAGGGCCUGUCACAGAACUUAUCCGGCCUUUCAGUCGAGGACAGUGAUGACGAUUCUGACAGCGAUAAAAACAUCGAAUCCGUCGAGUCUCAAGAAGCGCAUGUAGCAACGACAAGGAAGAGCGUUACCACACCACUGGAUGAUGCUCCGGCCGAGGCACAUCGUGAACAAAUCGACCUGUACGUUCUAGGACUACAGGAAGUCAUUGACGUGACUUCGAUGACGGAGGCCAUCAAGCCUUAUACAGAUCCAAACCCUGCCAAAAAGUGGAAGAAGUCUUUGAGGCGAGCUCUGCCCAAGGGCUACAAGAAGGUGGCCGAAGAACAGCUGCUUGGCUUACUCCUCCUCAUCUUUGCCUCUCCCGAAUUGGCGCCGAGCAUUAGUUCGGUGAGUACGACGUCUGUGGGCACUGGUCUGAUGGGAUAUUUCGGCAAUAAAGGUGCCGUUGCCGCGAGACUCGUAGUGGCAGAGGCGACCAAGCUCUGCUUCAUCAAUUGUCAUCUUGCCGCUGGCGCGGACCAAGCAACCUUAGCUCGCCGAAUCUGGGAUACCAAUCAAAUUUUAAGCAGAGCUCGGUUCUCUCCCGUUACAGACAGCGACGUUGUUGAGACUGGAGAGGAAAAGAUUGGGGACGAGGACUUUGCUUUCUGGUUUGGCGACCUCAACUACCGUCUGGACGAUGUCCCUGGCCAGGACGUCAGGAGACUGCUAUUGCUUCAUACACAGAACGAGUACGAUAUCCAAAACAAGUCAAAACGCAAAAUUGACAGUGAACUGGGUUACGUAUGUGCCUCAUCAAGUGAUCCGCAUCUACCGGCUCCAAAUCCCCACUACGAAUACAAAGAUGCUGAAAGACCAGCCACUGAGAGCACCGCCGAACCGGAAUUAGACCCGAAAUCCGAUCCUGCUUCGCUCCACACUACCCUUCAGUCUCUGCUGGCACACGACCAACUGCGCGCACAACAAAGACUGGGCAAGGCAUUUCACGACGGCUGGCGGGAAGGAGACAUCAAUUUUUUGCCCACCUACAAAUAUGACGUGGGCAGUGUUGGGAUGUUCGACUCGGGAGACAAGAAGAGGAGUCCCAGCUGGUGCGACAGAAUCCUGUACAGAACUCGCCGCGACAAGGACAUAUAUGAGGAGAGGGCCAGGCAACGGGAAGAGGCACGCAAAAAGGACGAAUCGAUGAAAGCCCGCGGGAUCGACGAGGCCAGCGCAGAGCACGACGUGCUAUUCGAUUAUGAUCCCGAUACAGAUGGACUUGCAUAUGGCGAUGACUACGACGAAUAUGAGGAAACUCAGGAUGUACUUCAUGAUGCAGAACUCGUACAGUCACACGAGGACUAUGGAGACAUGAUUGAAUUAAACAGCUACAUCUCGCACCAACGGGUACUCUCAUCCGACCACAAGCCACUGAAUGCUGUUUUUACCAUCCUAUACGACGCCGUCAUACCGGAUCUGAAGGCGAAGGUGCAUCAGGAUGUUGCUAAACAGCUGGACAAGGCCGAGAACGAAGGCCGUCCAUCGGUAACAGUGGUAGUGGACAACCAUUCUGAAGAGCCGAUACCGAACGCUGACGGUGCGGCAGACAUGAACGUUGUACAUUUUGGCGAAGUUCGGUACGGCGUGCAGAAGACGAGAAUGGUCACCAUAGCAAACACAGGACAAAUAACUGCCACAUUUUCUUUCGUGGAGCGUCCUUCGGAGUCCGACAAAGAUGCACGUGUUGUACCAAAAUGGCUCGAACUUAGCGUUGAACCUGGCUCUAUCCAUCCAUCAGAGCAGGGUGAGCACAAAGGGACGUACGAAAUUGUCCUGUCUCCCGGCGAAACCACUGUUGUCGACCUGACGAUUGACAUUUCUCAUGGCGAGUUGGUACACGACUUGAAUGAUGGAAACGCGGAACUCGAAGAUGUGCUAGUACUUAGGGUCGAGAACGGUCGAGAUCAUUUCAUACCUGUCAAAGGGACAUGGCUUCAGUCAUCGUUCUAUCGUACGCUUGACGAAUUGGUAUUGGCACCUGAAGGUGGUGUGCGACAGUUCUCCCAGCACUCGAAAACCAAGGGAUUGACAAAAAUCAUGGAGACCACGAACUCGGCUGCCCAUCACUCGGCGCCCAAAGAACUAUAUACACUCAGUGAAAUCCUUCCUAUUUAUAUCGAACGGUCGAUAGCAGAAUGGGGAAUGUUGCACGAAGGGGAGAAACCGCCAUGGCAGUAUGAGACUGGAGGAACGUCUUGGCCUUUCAGUCAUGACACUUGGACCUUCCACGAAGGUGAAGAAAGGUCUGCCAUGUUGGUUGGCGUGAGGGAGGCAUUGGACACGGCAAAUCGUCUCGACAUAAACUUUGGCCCGGAUGUGCCAAGCAUCGUUCGACUGGAAGUGCUCGCCGAAACCCUCGUGUCCUUCCUUCGGUCUUUAAGAGACGGUGUAGUCCCUGCUGGGCCAUGGGCUGAGGUUGAGAGACGAUUGAGCUCUUUGGAAAAAGGGAAGACGCAGCUGUCACCGCAAGAGAUCCAGGAUGUGGUUAUGGACGCCAUGUCUGCUUCUGCAGUUCACAGCGUGUCACUGACUUUUAUCACAUUCUUGCUCAUACGGAUUGUCAAUGAGAUGAUAAGUAGCGGUGCUCCAGCUCCUGGAUCGGCCACACCGACUACGCCGACCUCGUCAAGUCGGCUGUCCUUCGGGCGGUCGAGAGCGUCAACACUCUCCAGCGACUCGGGACAUCGGCUCUCGACAUCGACACAAGAAGCACCUAGCAAGAGAAGUCUCUUCCCGGCAUUACGUCGACCCCGUACUAACAGCAUCUCGUCCUCUUCGGUCACCUCAGAGACGGGUGCGGAGGCGGAGGCGGUCAUCGCAGAGCGACGAAAGAAACUUGUCGGGGCAUAUGCUGAAACAUUUGCGCCUGUUGUCUUUAGGGCUGAGAAUGAAGCGCGGCUCAAAGGCAGGGACAAGAAGGCACUGGACGCACGCAAGAGACGGAUACUGGAAGCAUUUCUAAGCGAAAGACCAUUCUGA